AGAAGAUCAAAAAGCGAAAGAACAGAACCUAACUAGCCCUCAUCAAGAAAAUUCUUGAAUCAGAGAGCUGAGGAAACUGCGACAGCUUAAAGAGGAGAGACUGGCUUAUUAUAAAAAACCAGAUCAUUUCUAGCAAUCCAAAUUCUCCAUUGAAGGAAGCUACAGAAACAAGACUGUGUUCAUCCGUUGCUGCUUCCAACCACAAUGGCUACCCUCGCCGAUUCUUUUCUUGCUGACCUCGAUGAACUCUCUGAUAACGAGGCUGAAAUUCCGGAGGAUAAUGAGGUCGAUGCAGCAGAUAUGGAAGAAGAUAUCGAUGGUGACCUGGCUGACCUAGAGAAUCUCAACUAUGAUGACUUGGAUAGUGUUUCCAAGUUGCAGAAAACCCAGAGAUACAUUGAUAUUAUGCAGAAAGUGGAAGAAGCCCUUCAAAAGGGUACAGAUGUGUCAAUUCAAGGAGUAGAUCUAGAAGAUGAUCCUGAAUACCAAUUGAUUGUUGAAUGCAAUGCCCUGUCGGUUGACAUUGAGAAUGAAAUUGUGAUUAUCCACAAUUUUAUUCGUGAUAAGUAUCGCUUGAAAUUUCCAGAGCUUGAGUCACUGGUUCAUCACCCAAUUGAUUAUGCUCGUGUUGUUAAGAAGAUAGGAAAUGAAAUGGAUCUUACUCUUGUUGAUCUAGAAGGGCUGUUGCCUUCCGCAAUUAUCAUGGUUGUCUCAGUUACAGCGUCAACUACAACUGGCAAGCCUCUACCAGAAGAUGUCCUCAGUAAGACAAUUGAAGCAUGUGAUCGAGCUCUUGCUCUUGAUUCAGCAAAGAAAAAAGUUCUUGACUUUGUCGAGAGUAGAAUGGGGUAUAUUGCACCUAAUCUUUCUACUAUAGUUGGGAGUGCUGUUGCAGCUAAACUCAUGGGGACAGCUGGUGGUCUAGUAGCUCUAGCAAAGAUGCCUGCCUGCAACGUUCAGCUUCUAGGUGCCAAGAAAAAGAAUCUUGCUGGGUUUUCCACUGCAACAUCUCAGUUUCGCAUAGGAUACAUUGAGCAAACAGAAAUAUUUCAGACUACUCCUCCUCCUCUUAGGAUGCGAGCGUGCCGACUCCUGGCUGCAAAGUCUACACUUGCAGCACGAGUAGAUUCAAUACGUGGGGAUCCAUCUGGGAAAACUGGGAGGCAUUUCAAGGACGAGAUCCACAAAAAAAUUGAGAAGUGGCAGGAGCCCCCUCCUGCCAAGCAACCCAAACCGCUUCCUGUUCCUGAUUCCGAGCCUAAAAAGAAGAGAGGUGGUCGCCGCCUUAGGAAGAUGAAAGAAAGAUAUGCAGUAACAGACAUGAGAAAGUUGGCCAACAGGAUGCAGUUUGGUGUUCCUGAAGAGAGUUCUUUAGGGGAUGGUCUAGGUGAGGGUUACGGAAUGCUUGGUCAGGCUGGCAGUGGCAAGCUUCGUGUGUCAAUUGGGCCUAGCAAACUUGCUGCAAAAGUUGCUAAGAGAUUCAAGGAAAAGAAUUAUGGCAGCAGUGGUGCUACAUCUGGUUUGACCUCAAGUUUGGCCUUUACACCAGUUCAGGGGAUUGAGCUGACAAAUCCACAGGCUCACGCACACCAACUUGGUAGUGGGACUCAAAGCACUUACUUCUCUGAAAUCGGAGUCUUCUCGAAGAUCAAGAGGACUUGAAACCUUGCACAAUUACAAACUCUUGCUGUGUCUCUAAAUUGUUGCUGCUACACAUAACUAGGAACUUGUUGAUCUUGAUGGAUGUUAUGUCCAACCCCAGUUGGGAGAGUUACCAUAAAUAUGAGAUGGAAUUUGGCUAAAUAUGGGAAAUUUGAAUUUUUCUCCCAUGCCUAAGGAUGUUGCUUCAGUUUUGGGUUUGGAAGGUCAUCACUAGAGUAGCAUUAGGUCUCUGAAGUACAUUAUGGGAAGCGUCUUAGUUUUGUAAUAUUUUUAAUUUGAUGUACAUUUCCCCCCAAAAUGAUAUUUGUUUAUUACCUAUAAAGAUUUAGAAUGCUGAUAAAAUUAUUUAUGAAAAAAUAAAACUAAUAUUGUAUCUA